AUGGUGAAAAAAGGCGGCCGAUGGCAUCAGAAAGAUGUGCCGAUGGUAUCGCCAACAAAGAAUAUUUCCCAUAUAGGGUCUUUGACUCGUUUCCCCGACAAGCGGGAGGCACGACUCGUCCUCCAGGAAGUCGCCAAAGCGGUGGCGCCGCUUAUGAAUGAAUUUGGUUUCAAAGUGGGCACGUUGUGUGAGAUGUACCCAAAAAACCGCAACCUAUUAGGAUUGAAUGUUAACCGAGGACAAAAGAUCUUGUUGCGUCUUCGCUACGCGUCGAAUCUGUUGCUGUUCUUGCCGUUUGGAGACGUUAUUGGUACGAUGUUGCAUGAAUUGACCCAUAAUUUAUACGGCGCACACGAUGUGCAAUUCUACAAUUACCUCGAUAAACUCAAGCUGCGGUUCGACCAGUUGCAGCUACGUGGCACAGUGGCCACGGACUACGUGUGUGAGGAGCAGGUGCUCGGUUCUGUUCGUGGAUCGGCCACAGCGACGGUCAGAAGUAAGCGUAUCGCAGCAAUUUCAAAACCUGUCUUCAAAGCGGAAUCCCGCCGGUUGGGAGGAACCACGAAAUCGCCAGCAGCUUCCCUACGACAGCUCGCUUUGGAGGCGGCGGAGCGGCGUUUAAAGGACUCGAAAUGGUGCGGAAAAAGUGCCGAUGUGGACCCAGAAGAAGAGGUGGAAAUCAUAGAUCUUACUAGCGAAGACGAAGACAAACCCGAAGACGAUAACAAACCUGAAAGUGAAACUCUUGCACAGAAAAAGAAGCCCUCGGCAGCACAACUGAACUACAUAGUCAUAGACUGA